CCCAGUCCCCACCAGCCCACGACCGUUGCUUCAGCCUCGAGAAGACGGGCUCUCUAAUAUCUGCAUACACGCAAUGUAUUUCUAAUAUAAUCAUCCACUCUUGUAUAUACCAUGAUCUCUAUCCUGUGGUAGUGCCCCAUAGACAUCUCCCCAAGAAAGCCAUGUUCUCCUCCUCUAUCCUCCCCACACCACCCCGCGCCCUCUACACAGCAGCCCUAGGCCUCACAUCCCUCACCACCACCCUCCUCCUCCUCCGCCACAUCUCCCUCCACGCAUUCAAAUCCCCCCCCUCAGCCGCCAAGCAAUGGAUCGAUGGCCCCCGAAAAACCCUCUUACCACACCUGUCGCCGCAAGAGCAGAGGAAACUGGCCUAUCCACCUGAUGCGCUGCCAGGCGCACGUGACGUCGAUACCCCUUUCGGCAGCAUCAGAGUAUACGAAUGGGGGCCCGAGGACGGGGAGAAGGUGUUGUUCGUGCAUGGGAUAAGCACGCCGAGCAUUGCGUUUGCGAAUCUGGCGCCGAGGCUGGUGGAUGGCGGGUAUAGGGUUAUGCUAUUCGACCUCUUCGGCCGCGGCUACACCGACGCCCCCCUCGCCCCCUACUCCGCCCUCCUCUACACCUCCCAGAUCCACCUCGUCCUCGCCUCCUCCCCGCUCCCCUGGCUCGCCCCCUCAUCCUCCUUCCACAUCCUCGGAUACUCCCUCGGCGGCGGCCUGGCCGCAAACUUCGCUGCCCAUUUCCCCGCCCGCGUGCGCUCGCUCGUGGCCAUUGCGCCGGCGGGUCUGCUGCGCUACACCGCCAUGUCGUGGCGCACGCGCAUCUUCUACGCGCCGGCGGUGCAGGCCGUCAUGCCGAGAUCGUGGCGGGACGGCGUUGUGAGGCGGAUAUUGUGGAGUGUGGGUGGUGUUGAGAGGGAGGAGGGGGGCGUUGUGGGUGCGGAUGAGGUGGGCAUGGCGGCGGGUACGGGGGAUAGUGAUGGUGAAGGGGGAGACACGGACGAUGGAGUGAAGACGUAUGAAGCUGGGCGAACGUGGACGGCGGCGGCGUGUAAUCAGGCAGUGAACGAGAGUCUGGAUACGCAUGCGGGGCUGCCGAUGGCGUUUGUGUCGAGUCUGCAGCAUGCGCCCAUCUACGGGCAGGAGGACGAGUGGCGGCGGAUAGGGUGCCGGGUGCUGAUGAUACUGGGCGCGCGGGAUCCGAUCAUCAGGCUGGCGGAGUAUGGUCCGAGGUUUGAGCGGCUGUUUGGCGAGGAGCAGCGGAGGUUGGUUGUUUUGGAUGCGGGUCACGAGGUGCCGAUUAGUCAUGGUAAGGAAUGUGCGGAGGCCAUCUUGGGUUUUUGGAAGGAGUUGGAGUAGAGGUGUGAGGGAUGUGAGAGGUGGGUUUUUAUGUGUGAAUGGAGAUGGGCAUUAUCCAGGAGC